AUGGCUCAGACAGGUACUCUGAAGAAGUUCUUUCCCGAGAAAGGCAUAGGCUACAUAGCUCCCGACGAUGGCAGCGAAGACGUCUUCAUCCAUUUCCAGGCAGUCACCAACGGCGGAGAGUCUGACAUGAUCCCAGGGGCCAGGAUGAGCUACGACCUGGAGAUCAAUGACCGGAAUGGGAAGACCAAGGCAGUUCGAGUGACGAUCGACUCACCCGGCGACCCCAGCAACCAGUUCAAAGGCGGUGGUGGCGGCGGCGGUAAAGGAGGCUACGGGAAAUCCUAUGGAGGUUAUGGCAAAGCACCUACCGGAGGCAAGGGUCAUGGGGCCGGUCCUUACGAUGGAGGCAAGGGAGGCGCCGCGAACUACGACAUGAACGCGAUCUGGGCUGCCUUGUACGCACAGGCAGCGGCGCUUGGGGCAGGAAUGGGUGGGCAGGGAACUGAGCAGUCGUACAAUGCUGCUUCGGGUACUGGUCAGCAGUGGUACUGA